GUCCGGUAACGGCGAUGGCGGCGGUGUGGGAGGCGCUGGGCGCGCUGGGCCGCGAGCUGGCGGCCGAGUGGGCGACGCAGGACGUGCGCGCCGCGCUGUGCCAGCUGCUGCUGCUGUGGCUGGGGCUCAGCCUGAUGGCCACCCGCCUGGCGUGGCGCGCCUACGGCGAGGAGGUGGCCGCGCUCUGCUACCGCCCGGCCGCCCGCCGCCCCCCCGCCCCGAGCGCCGACAGCGGCCCGGCGCCCGCACGGCCCCGCGCGCACUCGCUGUCCCCCGCCCGACGCGACGGCGCCGCCGAGCGGCACUGCCCGCCCCGGGACAGCACGGCAGCUGAGCCGGGGAAGACGCACCGCGAAUGAGGAGCGCCCACUGCCAGCACCGCACCAUUAAAGGACUGUGCCCCCCC